UCCCUAACACGACGUCGUUUCUCGACGGGUUUCCAGAUCUGUCGGUGAACCGCGUGGGUGUGGUACAAUAACUACUUUUUGCUAUAAAAGUCUGGCCUUAGCCCACUAGCUCACUGGCUCGCCCGUUUUGAUCGGAUCCGAGAAAUCUACUCUUCGCGCUCGAAAUCGGAAUUGCUGAGCGCCUGAGGCACCCAUUUCUGGUGCAUGUGACAAGGGUGCAGUGACUCGAGGACAAUGGCCAUGGGAAAGUAUUCCCGUGUAGACGGGAAGAAGUCGUCGAGCUACGGCUUAACCAUUACCGUACUUUUGUUUGUUUCCCUCUGUCUUGUUGGGGCAUGGAUGUUCAUGUCUUCAUCGUCUGCCACUGAUGAAUCUGUGGACUUGCCGUCCAGAGAAACUACAAAAGAUGUUGAACGUUCAACGACUGACUUCACAGAAGAAGUAGUUUCCAAGAAAGAUUCUGAUGGAAAGAACGAGGAAAAUGAGGUUCUAACAGAGAGUGGUGAAGAGAAGAAAGAUGCAGAAAAAUCUGCUGAGGAGAAGCAGGACGAUCAGAAUUCCGGUGAGAAAACUGAGUCAGAGGAGGAAAGAAAUGAAGGUGGUGAUGCCUCCAGUGACGAUGGAGAUGGUGAGAAAACUUCAGAUGCGAAAGAAGCAGAAGGUGAUGAGGCGAAGCAAAGUGAGGAAACACUACUGGAGAAGAGCUCGGAAGAGAACAAAUCUGAUGAUAGUGGUGAUAGUGAAGAAAAAACUCAAGAAAAUAUUGGCGAAUCUGAAGAAAACGCUGAGAAAAAGUCUGAAGAAAAUUCUAGGGAAUCUGAUGAAAAUGCUGAGAAGAGUACCAAGGAAGUCUUCCCAGCCGGUGACCAGGCUGAGAUCAUGCAAGAGGCCAAGGCUGAAUCAGGGGCUUGGACAACUCAAUUGGUCGAAUCACAGGACGAGAAGAAAUCUCAGCAAUCUUCAAUUUCUAAGGAUCAAAGCAGCUAUGGCUGGAAAGUCUGCAAUGUCACAGCUGGACCAGACUACAUUCCUUGCCUUGACAACUGGCAAACUAUCAAAAAUCUUCCUACUACAACGCAUUAUGAACACCGUGAACGACACUGUCCUGAGGAACCUCCUCGAUGCCUUGUCUCUCUGCCUGAAGGAUAUAAACGCUCUGUCAAGUGGCCGAAAAGCAGGGAAAAGAUCUGGUACUAUAAUGUCCCUCACACCAAGCUCGCAGAGGUCAAGGGCCAUCAAAACUGGGUGAAGGUUAGUGGUGAAUAUCUCAUGUUCCCCGGUGGUGGAACUCAGUUUAAGAACGGUGCUCUUCACUACAUCGAUUUCAUCCAACAGUCGCAUCCUGAUAUUGCAUGGGGAAAUAGAACCCGUGUUAUAUUGGAUGUUGGGUGUGGAGUUGCCAGCUUUGGAGGUUACCUUUUUGAAAGAGAUACGCUCUCUAUGUCACUUGCUCCCAAGGAUGAACACGAGGCACAAGUGCAGUUCGCUCUGGAACGUGGUAUUCCUGCUGUAAUAAAUGUUAUGGGGACCAAGAGACUACCUUAUCCCGGUUCGGUUUUCGAUCUUAUCCAUUGUGCUCGUUGUAGGGUCCCCUGGCAUAUCGAAGGUGGUAAACUUCUUCUGGAAUUGAACCGAGUGUUGAGGCCAGGCGGUUUCUUUGUAUGGUCGGCUACUCCUGUUUACCGGAAGAACGAAGAAGAUUCUGGGAUAUGGGAAGCGAUGUCGGAGCUAACAAAGGCAAUGUGCUGGAAGUUGGUAACCAUCAAGAAAGACAAACUGAACGAGGUUGGUGCUGCCAUUUUCCAGAAGCCAACUUCAAAUAAAUGCUACAAUAACAGACCUCAGAACGAGCCACCGCUCUGCAAGGAGUCGGAUGAUCCAGAUGCAGCCUGGAAUGUUCCACUUGAGGCAUGCAUGCACAAGGUACUGGAAGAUUCAUCGAAGCAUGGAGCUGCAUGGCCUAAGCAGUGGCCGGAAAGGUUGGAGACUGCACCAGAAUGGUUGAGCUCUCAGGAAGGUGUCUACGGGAAACCUGCAGAAGAGGAUUUCAACACUGACUACGAACGCUGGAAGACGAUUAUAUCGAAAUCAUACCUCAACGGUAUGGGAAUUGAUUGGUCUUCAGUGAGAAAUGUCAUGGACAUGAGAGCUGUCUAUGGAGGAUUUGCUGCUGCACUGAAGGAUCUGAAACUGUGGGUGAUGAACGUUGUUCCGAUUGACUCAGCAGACACACUUCCAAUAAUAUACGAACGUGGUUUGUUCGGAAUCUAUCACGACUGGUGUGAAUCAUUCAACACUUACCCGAGAACUUAUGACCUUCUUCACGCUGAUCGUCUUUUCUCUGCCCUGAAGAAGAGGUGCAAUUUGAUACCAGUUAUGGCCGAAGUCGAUAGGAUUCUCAGGCCACAGGGAACAUUCAUCGUGAGAGAUGAUGUUGAAACAAUUAAUGAAAUCGAAAGGAUAGUGAAGUCCAUGAAAUGGGAAGUGAGAAUGAUGUACUCCAAAGACGACGAGGGACUGAUCUCGGUUCAGAAGUCGUUUUGGCGUCCCAAAGAGGCCGAGACAAUAGACUCGGCUAUCGUUUAACUAGAAGCGAACCAUCCGUAUCUAUUUCCACACUGGAACCAUUGGUUAUAGAGUUUCAGUAAGUUGUUCUUUCAGACCCUCGUCGAAUUAGUUGCUGUUUGUCCUUAGGUAUGAGAUUCUUUACGAAGGAAAUUGUAUACGUAACUCAUAAACAUAGUGUAUCCAGAAACCAUCCAAGUGUAUACACAAUGAAGUUUGAAGAUUGAUAAGAUAUUCUUUUCGGUUCCUUUGUA